GAGCUAACUGAAUCCACAGUUGACAAACUUCCAGUCAUUUGCAGUUGUGAAGUGAUUCCGUUCAGAGCAAAUAUGCUCUCGUCUCUUUAAAUACCAUUUUUUUACAUUUCUUUGUCCAACCAAAUCGUUUUUUGGCCGAUAAAAUCUUCAAAAAUGUUACUUCGAUUAAUCACAAAACUUUCGUCAUUAGAUUUAAUCAAACAAUCCCUUUGGAAUGUAGUGCUUUAUUUCAUUUACUUUUCCACCUUAUUGCUUUGGAUGCGAUUGAUCGGGGUGAAUGCGCAAGGAAAUCGCGGUGUGAUAAUCAAUAAUCAAAAAAUUGACGAUUCAAGUGGCACUCAUAAUGUGAAAUCGCAACCAAUUUACUCAUCGCUAGCGACGAAACUCAUGUCAUCAUCUACCUCCCAGGCACUGAUCCGAACGACGACAACAAAACGACCCUCAACACCUGGAAAUUUACUCGUGACAAUCAAAGAUUUUCAACCACAAAGCUACAAAAACUUCAAUUAUCACGUACAUUCAACGCGCGUGCCAGUGUUCAAUCCACAAACCGUAAAACAAUCGAAGCGGCCGCAGCGAAUAAACAGUUUUCUUGGCAUUGAAAAUAUUUUGCAACAAAAAAACAGCGAUAGACAUAAGAUUGAUCAAAUCAUACACAAACUGAAUCGAACUGGCUCAUUGUCGAGGGUCAAUGUGUUCAAUACAUCACGAAGUGAUGUGCGAAAAUCCACUCAUUCUCUCGGAGCCAUAGAGCCUCGGAUAAGAUAUCCGGAUAUUGAACAUGGGGUAAAUGAUCAUCAAAAAGACUCGAAAGAAAUGAAAGUGCAAUUUGUGCUUGAUUGCGGUUUGAAAGAUAUGGCUUCGACGUUAAAACUGCCAACAUCACAAUACCCAUCAUCAUUGAAGAAACUUCAAUAUCCAAACUAUCUGAAUGCAGCGUUCAAUCAACAAACGGUUACGACAAAAGCUCCGACACGACUCACAUACGUGAAAAACGGUAUAGUUUAUUAUGUCCCCACUAAAAAAUCGGUGAAAGUUACAACAACGUCGAAGCCACGCAUCGUUUACGUUGAUCCGCCACUUGUUGGUGAAAUUUCCAAUACACUUGAAAAUGUGUACAAUUACUUUGAAGAUGCAAUGACAACAAAAGUAAGGGCGAAAUCACGACAGACUGUGAAGAAACGCCCCAUCAAACGAAGCACCCUUCGCUAUUCCAUCAAAGCACCAACCAAACCACCAAAUUAUCGAUAUAAGCAAAGUUUUAACAAUGGACAAAAAUUAUCCACUAACAUUCAUGUGACAAGUGAAUACAUUGGCCAAAAAGAUCCGAUAACUGAACCACCCAAACAACAAAGCAAUAAAGGAGAUAGUGAAGCAUUGGACAGCGAAGAUUAUGGAAGUUCUGAAAGCGAUGAUUAUGAUGAUGACGAUGACGAUGAUCGAGACGACGAAGACGAUGAUGAUGACGAUUAUUAUAACUUCGCUUUAGGCUCUUUAGGCAGCGCCGGGGCAGAUGAUGAUUACGACGACGAUGACGAUGACGAGAGUGAUGAAGAUGUUUAUGUCAAGCCGCCUCCGAAUAAACUCAAUUACCGAUCGAAUAAAAAGCAAAAAAAUACAAAACGACGAAAGGCUAAUUCCGACUCUGAGUCAGACGAAGACAGUUCAAGUGGCUUAACAAUGUCAAACAUGGGAAAUUAUUUCCAAAAAACCUACGAUACAAUAACCGAUUAUGUGCCUGGCUUUUCAUUAUUCGGACCAUCCGAUGAUGAUGACGAUGACGAAGACGAAGAAGACGAUGCGUCGAAAAAAAGGGAACCGAAGUUGAAACAUCCACUCUAUUCCAAAUAUCCGAACAAAGUUCACGUUCAAGAAAAAAAUAAUAAUCGCUGGUUCGAUAAGUUUUUCUACGGCUCGGACGAUGGCGAAGACACAACAACAUCAGCCACAGAUACAAUACCAAAAGUUAAAGUGACCACGGAGUCAGGAUUUUUUAGUUGGCUGGGCGGCAGCGCAGAAGUGACCACAGAAACUGCUACCGUCCAACCAACGCAAGCCGAACAAGGUUGGCUUUUGAAUCUAUUUUCAAAAGGUGAAUCAGCGACCACGACCACAGCCAAAGCAGAAACGGUUGAAGCGACAACGGAGAAAACGUCGAGCACGUUGGACGCUAAGAAAUGGUUUGAAAUGCUAACGGCGCAUAUGGCUACGAUGCAGUCACCGACAGUGUCUACUAUGAAUCGUACCAGUGCAUUGAAGCGUGUGAAGUAUGAUGACUAUCAAAUUUGGCGUAUCGUUCCUUCGACGCACGCUCAAUUGGAGUUUUUACGCGAAUACAAAGAAUCCGACGAAAGCCAAAACGUGUUAUGGUUGAAAGGGCCCGCAAUGAGAGGCCCAAAUGAUAUUCUCGUUCCACCCGAAAUGAAUAAAGACGUACAGGAAAUACUUGAAUACGAAUCGAUUCCAUUUGAAGUGGUCGUUUGGGAUUUGGAAAAAGCAAUCAAAUACGAGAAUCCAAUCAUGUCACGACGGCAGAAAAUCGAAUUGGAAAAAGAACAAGGGCAUCCGAUGACUUGGUAUCGCUAUCACAAUUUCGAAGACAUUGCCAUUUAUUUGGAUUAUUUGCAAUUGACAUACCCAGAUCUGGUUGAAUUGAUUCAUAUCGGACGAUCGUUUGAAGGUAGACCACUCAUGGUGGCGAAGAUUUCAUUUGAUCCCACCGAGUCGGAGAUGAUUGCAAAGAAUUCGAAAAAGAACAAACCAACGUUAAAAUCACGACGAAAGAAGAAAGUGAUGCGACCAGGAGUUUUCAUUGAAGCUGGAGUGCAUGGUCGUGAAUGGAUUACACCGGCAGUUGCAACAUGGAUCAUAAGGGAGUUGGUUAAAUUCAAUAAUACUGAAGAUGGCAACACGGAAAAGGAAAUUCUUCGUUCGGUAGACUGGUAUAUAAUGCCUGUAUCAAAUCCAGAUGGGUAUGAGUAUAGUUUAAACUACGAUCGUAUGUGGCAAAAAACACGUUCAAAACUCCCUGAAGCUGGAUCUGUGCUAAAUUUAGCAUUGAAAUGGUUAAAACGUGAUUCAACCGCUACGGCGCCCGAUUGCUAUGGCACUGAUCCAGAGAGAAAUUAUAAUAUCGAUUGGCAAAAGUAUGGAAGCUAUUCGGCUUGCAGCGAAUUUUAUGAGGGGCCAAAACCACUGUCUGAACCGGAAACAAAAGCACUUGCAUCAUUUUUAGAGGAAAACAAAAAAGAGAUCAAUCUAUUUGUGUCAUUGCAUUCGUACGGUCAAUACAUAACGUAUCCAUCAGCGUCAAAUUCGACGUUUGAUGCAUCGCAGCGGUCAAACGAUUUGCGAGAUAUGGCUGAGGUGGCAGUGAAUUCGUUGCGUGAUUUUGCAUCAUCGGGACGAUACACAGUGGACAACACCAACGAAAUGAGCAGCUUGAAGUCUGGCUCGUCCGCCGACUAUGCGAUGCACAAAAUAGGAAUAAAAUACAGCUAUACAAUUGAACUACGAGAUACUGGGACACAAGGUUUCUUACUAUCGCCAUCAUACAUAGACACUACCGGUCUUGAGACAUACGAAAUGAUCAAAGCAAUGGUGGAUUAUCUUUAAGUUAAACCAAUCAUUUUAUUUAUUCUUAAUUUUUGAUUUUGUGGCAUUUAUUAGUCCUUAGAUAUACUAUGCUCAUUAUGUGAAAGCAACUAAAUUUUUUUUAUAAAAUAAUUACAUCUAAAAAAAAACUCGUGGAAAAUAGAUUUAAGACAAAAUGAGAUUUGUUCUUUGUACUCUUGUUCAAAUAAACAUUAUUUAAGUACCGCCUAA